AUGUAUCAUCAACCGGAAACAUCUUUCCUCACGACCGGCCAAGGUCUUCAUAGCCCAUAUAAGAUCCAAGAUUAUGCGACCUCUUUUUUUAUCAAAAUUGCAAGAGUGAAAAGUCCGCACUACUUAUUCGCUGUCUUCGCUUUCUCAGUGGCGGUUUUUGGCGUUUGGGUUAACGCCAAGCGCCCUAGCAAGCUCCCUGAAGGUGGGCAAGAAGCUCAACAUGGAUCCCGCCAAUCAUAUGUGAAGAUGCAGAGUGAAUAUAGGUUUGGCCAAGUCUUCUCCGACUCCAUCAACUUGGAUGUGGAAAGUAAAGAAAGGGUUGAAAGUGACAUUUUCUGUUCCAUCGACGUGAAUGAUAGCAAAAAUGGGAAACAUGGGGUGAAUUUCGCAAGAAGAAAGAAGAAGAAGAUGACGACGAAGACUAUUUUGCCAAAUAGAAUUAAAAAGCCGGAUUCUGAAGCGUUGAAAAUGUUUACACCACUUCAUGUAAGACCGAAUUCGACUGAACACGAGAAUAAGAAAGUGAAGCGCAAGCGUGAAGACAAGGAGAGGGUUGACCAUGAGAAAGCCCUUGGCGAUCGGACGCUAUCCAGAACCCCGACAGCUAAAAAGCAUUCACGGAGGGAGUCAAGAAGGAGAUAA